AUGGAGACUACGGAUAGAUCUCCUUCAGGAAGGCCGUCUGAUGAUGAAUCCGACGUUGACUCUGAUCUUGAGGCGCUCCAAGGAGACAUUGCCAGGUUUGAUGAAUCCGUAAGAGAAUUCUUGGCAUCCCAUAGAGGGGCUUCUGAUGCUCCCCAAGGAAGGCGGAGUGCAGCGCGAGGGAGGGGAGCCCGGGGUCCACGAAAAGCAGCGAAACCUAGAGGCGACAUUACCGCCAGGCUCUCGAAGGUUAACCAGGCUUUCCUCAGUGGCAACUAUGACCAGGCCAUUGACAUAGCUUUCGAGGUCAUCAGGAUCAAUGCGGAAACCCACCAAGCUUGGACGGCACUUUCAGCGAUAUUUAGCGAGCGGGGUGAACUAGAUAGAGCACUGUCUGCUAUGGUCUACGCAGCACACCUUCGACCGAAGGAUGUAUCGGGCUGGCUCAGGUGUGCCUCCUUUGCGCUGGACUCCAUGAAUGACGCCGACUCGAGCAAUUUGAAUACUGCAAGGCUUUGUUUCUCAGCAGCCCUAAGGGCAGAUCGGACAAACAUCGAAGCUCGCAUCGGCAAAGCCGACGUUUGUCACCGACAGGGUCACCUUCUGGCCGCCAUUGCAGAGUAUAAGUUUAUUGUCAAGCAACGUCCAUAUGACCUGGAAAUCAUAAGAAGAUUAGCGGAAGCAAGCAUUGAUAGCAGAAAUGCGGCAUCUGCCAUACUCCCUGCAAUUUCCGCUUAUAAACGAUGCUUCGCACACAUAAUUGCUGGCGAAAGCGAGCAGGAAAAAGACUAUCUAUGGCAUGAUGUCGGCAUUUAUGUAGAGCUGCUGGCGAUGGUAGAGAGCUAUGCCGAAGCGAUAUAUGAGCUGAAACGAAUCUCCAGAUGGCUUUCAGGGCGCUUGAAUGAAACCUUCUGGGAUGAUUGGCAGAUGGAUGACAGAGAGUUGGACAUUUCAGACGCACGACGGUUAUCCGUCACUGACUACAUUGCUCUCGGCGAAACUGUGCAACAGCCAAGGCGAACCUUGCCUUUGGAUCUUCGUGCUCGAUUGGCAAUAUAUCGCCUCAAACUUGGAGACACACAGGAAGCUUUAAACCAUCUAAGCUACCUGAAUCCAGGCGAUAUUUCGACGGAAAUAUUUGCCAAGGACUUUCCUUUCCUAGCAUACGAAUUAGGAGCCGAGCUCAAUGAAUGCGGACACUUCACGCAAGCAAUACAGUAUUUUGAAUUGCUGCAAAACAUGCCGGGCGACCAAGAUGCUGCUGUACUGCUCCAACUAGGACGCUGCUAUCUAGGCUCGGGACAACAGGCAAAAGCCGAGGAACUAUUUCUUGCCGCUUUGGAUCUUGAUGAAGAAAACAUCGACGCUCGGAUUGAGCUUGCAAACUUAUAUGAGAAAGCCAGAGAGGAUGAGGAGGCUCUCAUUCUAGCCGCAGAAGCGCUAGCUUUGCGUGGCGCACAAGGCAACGUCGUCGGCGAUGCAUCCGAGGAAUUAGCCAGAAAUUCUCACAUCUCGGCGAAGACACCGCAACGAGCUUUCCGGCGGUAUUCCUUGGGAAAUGCCGCAACCAGGGUCACUCCAGGAGGCCCCGCGGGCAGGCCGAUGAUACCAAGGAGGUAUCGACCGAAGAGACUUGCUGGCCCAGAUAAACGUCGCCAGGACGAACAAGCUCGUGCUCUUAAACUCUCGCAAUACUUUCACGUUGUACGGGACCUCAAGCGAAAGAUAUCGGCGGGCCAGACUGAUUUGGUAUCACAAUGGAUGUCGUGUUCCAAAGAGCUCAUUGACGAUUUUAGGUCAUUGAAGAGGUUUUACACUUGGGAUAAGUACUUGCAUUUUCUGGGGUCGAAUGGACCAUUGAAUAACGGCACGGGAGAGUCGCCAGACACGGAGCUCUCCAAGAUGUACGAGAGACUAACCCGAUCGAUUGCCCCGGUUCCUGGCCAACACACCCAACAACCUGAAGCCUUGAAUACCACAACGCAUCAAGGAAUCACCUUUGACGAUUGGCUAGACUUAUUCCUCGACUACGCCAUCGGAUUGGCAACUAUGAAUCGCUGGCAAGAAGCGUACCAAGUGUGUGCCGCAGCAAAAGACUCAACAGUCUUCCAGUCCCCAAGGCAUGAAUUCUGCAUCUAUGUGGCAUGGAGCGUAUGUGCCAUUUACGCUAACGACGAUGAGCGAUGCGUUGCCAUCGCUCGACAACUGAUGCGUGACCGCGCAAUAACCGACUCGUAUCGCAUGUUUGCUCUUCUGUCUUUGCUUUGCCAGUCACCCGUGUCCUGGUAUACGUCUGGUCCAGCCCAGAAAUACAUUCUGCGACAGAUCAAAGCCAUCGAUUCUAGCCACGAGACGGCCGCCAUGCAACGGGGAGGUGCCGGAAAAGUCGAACAAGGAGAGACUGCUCCUUUAGACAUUGAUAUAUGCCUGUUAAUGCUUUACGGUCAUAUUCUCUUCACCUCGACUAGCUAUUCGUACGCUCUAGGCUACUUCUUCAGAGCGCGAUCGCUUGACCCAACCAAUGAUAUGGUAAACCUCAGCCUGGGGCUGGCAUACGUCCACUACGGAUUGAAAAGGCAAUCAAGCAAUCGCCAAUAUUUAAUUUUGCAAGGCCAAGCCUUUCUGUCCCAGUACGCUUUGCACAACUCGAACAACGACGGACCUAGUUGCGCAGCCGAGCGCUACUACAACCUAGGCCGCCUUUUCCAAUUGCUUGGAAUAAGCUACCUGGGCUCAAGUUACUACGCAAAGGCUCUGGACUCGUGCAGAAGCGAAGCGGGGAAGCCCGAACUUUCUUCCAUCAUCUUCGCAAACCAAUUGAUUUCUCUCCUCACUGUCGGCAACAGAGAGAUGGCAUUUUCCGUGCUGAAAGCAAAUUUGAAACUAUGA